CUCCAUGGGAGUGGGGCAUGAAGUUUGCAGUCUACCCAGAGAAGAGGCCUGUCCCCUUCCCUGAAAAGAAAUUUAAAAAAGAAAAAGAAAGAAAAGAGACUGGUUUGCAGCGCGGGGCCGACUGAGUGUGUGUGUGUGUGUGUGUGUGUGUGUGUGUGUGUGUGUGUGUGUGUGUGUGUGUGUGUGUGUGUGUGUGUGUGUGUGUGUGUGUGUGUGUGUGUGUGUGUGUGUGUGUGUGUGUGUGUGUGUGUGUGUGUGUGUGUGUGUGUGUGUGUGUGUGUGUAGCUCCCCAGUGCAGGCCAAACUGCAGGUCUUGUCAGGAGAGCGCUCCUGCCUGCUUCCCCUUUAUUUUCACUUCACUUACUGACUCCAGAUAUUUUAUUUUCAACGACCGGUUUCCGGCGCUGCUGCAGGCUGCACGGCGGAGACUGCCCGCGCCCAGGGAGUUUCCUUGCCGCCCGCGCCCAGGCCCCGCGCGAGGGGGCGCCGCGCUGGCUCCAGUGGAUCCUGGGUCCCCGUGAAGUGCGCGCAGCCCGGGAGGGACGCGGCCAGGCCAGAGCGCGCGGGCGGCCCGAGCCUCGGCAGCGGCAGCAACGAGGGCGCUGACACCUCCCACCAUGGACAGCUUCGACUUAGCCCUGCUCCAGGAAUGGGACCUCGAGUCUCUGUGGGGUGAAGACAUCUUAAACCAGAGGAAUGACUCUCUAGUUGUGGAAUUUCAGUCGUCAACCAGCAGAUGCAGGAGUGUCUAUGAACCAGAUAGAAAUGUGUUACGGAGGAAAGAGCGAGAAAGAAGAAAUCAGGAGACUCAGCAGGAUGAUGACACAUUUAAUUCGAGUUACUCCCUCUUCAGUGAACCUUACAAGACUAACAAGGGGGAUGAGCUCUCCAACCGGAUUCAGAAUACGCUAGGCAACUACGAUGAAAUGAAAGACUUUUUAACGGAUAGAUCUAAUCAGAGUCAUCUCGUCGGUGUUCCCAAACCUGGGGUUCCUCAGACUCCUGUGAACAAGAUUGAUGAACAUUUCACUGCCGAUUCAAGAGCCCAAACCCAGACCCCAUCUGUCUGUAGCACUGCGUCUUCCACACCAGCAGCUGUCCCUGUGCAGCAGAAUAAGAGGGGCACCAUGGGCUGGCAGAAGGCUGGGCACCAACCGUCUGAUGGCCAACAGAGAGCAAGUAAGCAUGGACACAGGUUGCUUGAUUUGCACAAAUCUUCUAACCCAAAGAACCAUAAUAAAAAAUCGAAUCACUGUGUGUCGAGCCCCACAUCCUCAUCUUCCUCUUCUUCUUCUUCUUCCAACUCAGCACAACAGGGCUCUCUCAGGACCUUGCUUGGAGAUGGUGUUGGCAGACAGCAGCCACGAACCAAACAAGUAUGCAAUGUAGAGGUGGGUCUUCAGACCCAGGAAAGGCCACCUACUAUGGCAGCCAAACACAGUGGUGGUGGACACUGUGUUCAAAACUUUCCUCCAUCCCUGGCUUCAAAACCCAGCCUAGUCCAACAGAAACCAACUGCCUAUGUGCGGCCCAUGGAUGGCCAAGAUCAGGCACCUGAUGAGUCUCCAAAGCUUAAGUCAUCCACAGAAACUAGUGUGCACUGCACCACAUACAGGGGAAUCCCUGCCACCAAGCCAGAGUCUGCGAGAGCCAAGGCCAAGCUUUCUAAGUUCAGCAUUCCCAAACAAGCAGAGGAGAGUAGAUCUGGAGACACCAACAGCUGUGUAGAAGAAAUAAUUCGGGAGAUGACCUGGCUUCCACCACUUUCUGCUAUUCAAGCACCUAGCAAAGUGGAAUCAAGCAAAUUUCCAUUUCCAAAUAAGGACUCUCAACUUGUUUCCUCUGGACACAAUAAUCCAAAGAAAGGUGAUGCUGAGCCAGAGAGUCCAGACAAUGGCACAUCAAAUACAUCAAUGCUGGAAGAUGACCUUAAGCUAAGUAGCGAUGAAGAGGACAAUGAACAACAGGCAGCCCAGAGAACUGCUCUCCAUGCUCUGUCUGACAGUGCCGUGGUCCAGCAGGCCAAUUGCCGAGCCGCCGUGCCUUCCAGCAAGGGCAGCAGCAGCGGCAGCAGCAGCAGCGGCAGCAGCUCCUCCAGCGACUCAGAGAGCAGCUCUGGAUCUGACUCGGAGACCGAGAGCAGUUCUAGCGAGAGCGAGGGCAGUAAGCCUCCCCACUACUCCAGCCCAGAGGCUGAACCAGCAUCUUCAAACAAGUGGCAGUUGGAUAAGUGGCUAAACAAAGUUAACCCCCAUAAGCCUCCUAUUCUGAUUCAAAAUGAAAGCCACGGGCCAGACAGCAGCCAGUACUACCCACCAGUGAAAGAUGAGGGACAGGACUGUGGGAAGCUUCCUGAGCUUUGCCAAACCAGCCUGAGAGAGAAGGAUGUCAAGAGCACCUGCAAGGAGGAACAUAGGCCAAGGACAGCAAACAAGGCCCCGGGUAGUAAAGGGCUGAAGCAGAAAUCCCCACCUGCGGCCGUGGCCGCUGCCCCGCCGCCUCCUGUGCCCCUUACACCUGUGGACAGUGCGCCUGCGCCCACCAGGAGGUCAGCGAGCAAGAAGCCCACCAGGCGCACAGAGAGGACCUCUGCAGGCGACAGCGCUAGCUGCCACCGGCCUGAGGAGCCCGUGGCCACCAACACACUGGGGGGAAGUGUGGUAACCCCUCCAGAACCCACCAAAACCAGACCCUGUGGCAACAGCAGAACCAGCCACCGCAAGGAGCUACGCCCCUCCUCCGUGACCUGCGAGAAGCGCCGCACGAGGGGACUGGGCAGGAUCGUCCCCAAAUCCAAGGAAUUCAUUGAAACAGAAUCAUCAUCGUCUUCCUCCUCUUCCUCUGACUCGGACCUGGAGUCGGAACAGGAAGAGUACCCUCUGUCCAAAGCACAGACGGUGGCGGCUAACACUGCCACGUCUGGGGGUGAGCAGAGGCUGAAGGAGACGGCCGCUAGCAUCGGUGGAGGCUGUGGCCCCCGAGCUCCCGUAGGUUCCAUCAACGCCAGGACCACCAGUGACAUCGCCAAGGAGCUGGAGGAGCAGUUCUACACUCUGGUCCCCUUCGGCCGGAACGAACUUCUCUCCCCUCUGAAAGACAGUGAUGAGGUUAGGUCUCUCUGGGUCAAAAUUGACCUGACUCUCCUGUCCAGAAUCCCCAAACACCUACCCCAGGAGCCAGGGGUCUUGAAUGCUCCCGCAACCAAGGACACUGAGAGUGCACCACCCAGCCACACAUCUGACACACUCACUGAGAAGGCUUUGCCAAAAUCCAAGAGGAAACGUAAGUGUGACAACGAAGAUGACUACAGGGAAAUCAAGAAGGCCCAGGUAGAGAAAGAGUGCUCUUCACGACUGACCACCUCUGCCAACACCACUUUAUCUGCAAACCACUGCACCAUGAACAUCAGCAGCUUGCCAAUACCAAUAAAUAAGAAUGAGAAAAUGCUGCGGUCACCUGUCUCACCCCUCUCCGAUGCAUCUAAACACAAAUACUCCAGCGAGGACUUAACUUCUUCCAGCAGAUCGAAUGGCAAUGGUCUGUUUACAUCCACCUCUUCCAACAAAAAGCAUAAGGCUGAGAACCAGCUGCAGUCUCAUGCUGGAGACCUCACAAAAACAGCUCACAACAAUUCUGAAAACAUUCUCCUUCACAAGUCACGGCCACAAACAGAACCCUGGUCUCCAGGCUCCAACAGCCACCGGGACUGCAAGAGGCAGAAACUUGUCUUCGAUGACAUGCCACGCAGUGCAGAUUAUUUUAUGCAAGAAGCUAAACGGAUGAAGCAUAAAGCGGAUGCAAUGGUGGAAAAGUUUGGAAAGGCUUUGAAUUACGCCGAAGCAGCCUUGUCAUUUAUUGAGUGUGGAAAUGCAAUGGAACAAGGUCCAAUGGAAUCCAAAUCUCCUUAUACAAUGUAUUCAGAAACAGUAGAGCUCAUCAGGUAUGCUAUGAGACUAAAAACCCACUCGGGGCCCAAUGCUACACCAGAGGAUAAGCAACUGGCUGCAUUAUGUUACCGAUGCCUGGCUCUCCUAUACUGGAGGAUGUUUCGACUCAAAAGGGACCAUGCUGUAAAAUAUUCAAAAGCACUUAUCGAUUAUUUCAAGAAUUCAUCUAAAGCUGCCCAAGCCCCAUCUCCAUGGGGAGCCAGUGGAAAAAGCACUGGCACCCCAUCCCCCAUGUCUCCCAACCCCUCCCCCACCAGCUCCGUGGGCUCUCAGGGGAGCCUCUCCAAUGUCAGUGCCCUGUCCCCUUCCACCAUCAUCAGCAUCCCACAGCGCAUCCACCAGAUGGCAGCAAAUCAUGUCAGCAUCACCAACAGCAUCCUGCACAGCUAUGACUACUGGGAGAUGGCAGACAACCUGGCCAAGGAAAACAGAGAAUUCUUCAACGACUUGGAUUUGCUCAUGGGGCCUGUUACCCUGCACAGCAGCAUGGAACACCUGGUUCAGUACUCUCAGCAAGGCCUCCACUGGCUACGGAACAGCACCCACCUGUCAUAGGGACCUCACCCUUGUGCGGAGUUGUGCUCUCAUCUUCAUGGGUGGCUCAAUGUUUCUGGACACUGUGCUACUUGAGAAUUCUAGCCACAACAUAUAUCGAACUUCAGUGAGCAUUUGUCAGCAUCAAAUAAUGGUCUUUUCCCAGGGCAUGUAUGUUUGUAUGUGUGGGUGUCUAAGAAGCUGCCUGUGUAUGUGUGUAAGAUGCACAGCUUUUUAGAAGAUAUUUUGUCUAGUUUCCAUAAUCCUAGCCUAGGCAAAGUGAAUCAGAGGUCUCUGAGAAAAUACAACUCUUUAUCACACACACACACACACACACACACACUUUGUUUCAAAGUUAAACCAUGACAUCUUAGAACAUUCAACCAAAAUCUCAUGGGUUAGUUAACAGGUGCAACACAGCACACCAAAAGCUUGACUGCCAGGUAAGAUGAGCUUCGUUCUUAUACUGUUGGUUACGUUCAGUAUUACUAUACUAUUCCCCAGUUAUUUUUUUAUUGUGUGUAUUAAUGGGUGAUUAAAUAAUGAGAAGUCAGUUAUUUUUGUGCUGGGCAUUUGCCAGGGUACAUAGUACCAGACACUCUGCCUUUCAUCUAAUAACCCCCUUCAUCUAACUUUAUUAUCAACUAAAUGUGUCUGUAAACAAAUAGAAACCGUCGCAAGUCUUCCCUGGCCUGCUCACAAAUCAGUGUGUAAAUGGCACUGAAAUUUGGUAAAAACAAAAACCAAGUGUCUUAGAAAGUUAAUCAACAGCAAUACCUGUACUCUGGAGCUCAGUUAGAAAUUGAGGUCUUCUGCACACAUGACGACAAGCCCGCCCAGCACUUAUUCCUCCUUCUGCCACCGCAACCUGGUGACUACACGGCCAUGUGGCAUUUGCCAGCCAAUGAUUUUCUUUUCACGGUAGCUUUCAAGAAAACAGAUUGUUGUGGUCAAAUUGGGGCAUUACUUAGAAUGUCCCUAAGCUAUGAAUCUGGAUUAGUUGCUGAUCAGGCUGAGAACUAUUUGCUGUGUGAUUACUGUCUAAGCAUCUCACUGCUUGUGCAAAUGCACCACUGCAAGACAUUAAUGCAUUUUUAACUGCGGGGGGGGGGGGGUUCAGACUUCAGUGAACAAGCUGCUUGCUUUGCAGGGUAAGUUAUUCUUGCCAUGAUUACAAUUCUGUUUGGAGUAGCAACAAACAGAACGUCAUGCUUCCAUCCUGUGCAUCUGGUAUGUUUACAUCUUGCCCCUGACUGGUCCCUUUUCCUUUCUUUUUCAUUAAGUUUACAUUUUAGUUUUUUGACAUUCGUUUACAGUUUCCAUUUGAAACAUAUUUCUUUUCUAGUCCUUUCUAUGUCCUAGAUAUUAUAUAUAUCUAUUAUUAUUAGAUAUAUAUAUUAUCUGAAUAUAUUUAACAUAUAUAUGGCUAGAAAGGGAAACACGUCUGGGAAGGUAAUAUAGUCCUGACCACAUUUAAAAACAAGAGUGAAGUCUUUGAGGCUUCACACAUGACCAAAUUGCAUAAGGACAGGUCAAGAGAAGCAGGCAGUACAGUAUGUAGAGCAAUCUACUUUUCCAGGUGAUAAUGAUACAAAACAUUUAUUCUAGAUACUGAUAACUGCUUUCACUGGUGGUCUCAUUGGUUUGGUCGCUAUCUUAAUGUUUUUCUCAGCCUGCCCUAUAGAUGAGAAAUAAGAUUACUAUAAUUCUCCUGCUCUCGUCAUUGAUUCUAAACUAUACAAAUGACUGGACAAUUUCUUGUGAUUUGAAAAUAAUCUAAAAUGAGCAAGUAAAGGGUUUGUGAAAUUUGCAUUUGGCUUUGGACUUCAAGCAUCUAGAAUUAGUAGCCGUACUUGUAGUUUACAUUUAUCCAAAUGAGGUGCUUCUUACUAAGUGUUGGCAGCGUUCAUGAUAUUAUCCUCUGUUGUAAAUUUGAUUCUAAUUUAAGGGGGGAGAGACAUGUUUUUAAAUAUUAAUGCUUAGUUCUACUCACUCUUGAUGAGUUCUGAUGAGAUGUUCAAACUCUCACAGAACAGAAUGUUCAUCAGUGUCCAACCUACAUCCUCAGGGUGUUUAUCUGGUUUGUCUCUCUUUAGAGUCAUUGCAGGCCUUGUGGUGGUGCCAUGUGGUGUGCUUGCUCUGGAAAUGCCAUUUAAGCACACACAUAGCAUCUGGCUGAUUGUGCCAGCUGCAUUUUAUCAGCACUUUGGUGACCCAUGUUUCCCAACAGAACUUGAAAUGUGUCACUUGGAGGAUGGUCAGAGCAUGCACUUCCACUCACUACAUCUCAUUCCAUCAGUAGAACAUGUUGUAAUAACAGUUUUUGUUUGCUGUAGCAUGGAUGAUUUUGGCAAGGAAUGGUCUUCUGAUUGUUGCUUGUGAAAGUCAUACAUCAUUUUCUUUCUUUCUCCCUUUCUUUCUUUCUUUCUUUCUUUCUUUCUUUCUUUCUUUUAUACUUACUUUUUUUCUAAGUAGAAAACCUUGUACUUUCUGAUUAUGAGAGUAACACAUACUGUUGUGAAAAAUUCAAGCAAUACAGAAAGUAGAAAAUCCUCUCCCCUGGAGACAGCCACUGGUCAGUUUCACUUAUGGCCUCCUGGAUCUCUUCUACUUAAGCAUGUAACAUCUACUAUCAUUUUUUUCCUUCAUGAAGACAUGUUAUUUCCUCAAAAGUUCGGCACAAAGUCAGCUGACUUCAUAUUCCCAUGACCUUAAUGGAUGCCAACCUUUAUCACAAUGUUAGAGUUCUCUUUGAAAAAGAGUAAUCCAGUGUAUUCCUGCCCAAAAUUUGAAAAUUGUUACUACUCUUUAUGAAUCAGAUUUACGUGCAGAAUUGUAGCUAAAGAAGAGGUUUGGUUAAAACAACUAUUUCUGGGAACUUUCACCUUGCAAAUGGAAAUCUGGACCCACUAUCUAAAAAGGAACAGACUGUAAAAAGGAAUCUGAAGCAUUGACAAAUUGUGUACUAGAUUGGACACCUGGAAUACAAUGCAGUGAGACUUUCUGCACUAAGACUUAUCCUCCUAUGUACAACAAUGUGUGUAUUAUAUAACAGUGAUGUAUACAUUUCUGACAUCCCAUGCAUAAUAUACACAGUUUGUAUAAAUGCAUACUUUUAAAAAUAUAUAUGUACAAUACAGCUAACAUGAAACUGUAGUACUCCUGAAGGAUAUUACUAGUGCCUAACGUUGAGUAUAAGUCACUGCGUGUUCACAUCACCUUGGAAGUGCAGUAAUUGUUAUAAAGUUAAUCAGUGCAGCCAACAUUAUUUAUGAAUCACAUCUUUGAAACUGUGCAGUAGUAUAUACAUAUAUAUUUUUAAACAACAUUUUUCACAGUUUUCCAGAGUUACUGUUGAAAUCUGUAUCACCAAAAAAAAAAAAAAGCAAGAUUUUUUUAAUGACGUAGACACUCUUCAGACCCAGUAAUCUAUGUGUGAUUUCCUGUUUGUAGAUACCCAAGAGACUUUAGCAGUCACCAGCCUUAAUGCAUGUACAGGAUAUUAUUGUGACUUAAUUUAUCUGCAGUUUUUAAUCCAUGUGAAAUUGGAAUUUAUAAACUGACUUGGAUUAAAUAUGUCUGCCUUUCUAAGGUUGCAAAUGUUACAUUAAAUGAUUUAUGUUGUAAAAGAGAGAACUCGAGUUUUA